AUGGGACAAAAAGGCCUUCUGCCCCAUGUUCCCAAAGGGAGCAUGAGCCAUUUGCGAUCUGCCGCUACACCAAAAGGAAGCGAAGCACAGCGCAAAGAUGUUGAAGUCGCCUUCUGGAAGCUUUGUGGUGCCGGUCCUCGAGUCACGCCCGACAGCUCUGGCAGCGACUCUUUUCAAGGCAUCGACAUUAAAUCUGACAUCUCUCUCGGCAAGCCGAAGAUGCUCAAUGCUGUUGUUUUUACGGAUUCCAAUGUUGAGUUUCCAGUUGAAUGCAUCUACCAGGGCAUCAGCCACGCUGACUAA